AUGGUAAACACAAGACAAACCAAAAAUUCACUUCUUUAUGAAGAGCAAAUCAAAAAUAAAAUACCACCCUUACCUCCAACUGCUUCACCAGUUAUACCAAUAAGAUCGAUUUCAUAUAAUCCUGUUGUGUGGAAUGAUUUCAAUGUAAAAUUACAUAAAACUCGGCAACAACAAAAGGUCAAUUCGGAUUGGGCUGCUGUUUAUAGUAUUUUUAUUCAAUUUGAUUCGCUAUCUGAUUAUGUCAGAAGGUCAUCUUUUGCUUUCGAAGAAGAUAAAGAUCAAGAAAUUACAGAUUUGAUCAGAUUUUCUUUUCCUAUUGAAGGAAUAGAAAGAACCAAAGUAUCUCGCUGGCGAAAGGUUUAUGACUUAGUUGCUUUUGUUAAGACCGUCACAAAAUUAGACCAUUUCCUUGAGGCUAUUAGAAAUUUGAAUAUAAUGAUUAAUUUCAUUCAAGAAAUAGAUUCUGAUGAAUUUAAGAAUCUAGUUUAUGAUAGAAAUAAAAAAAUCAAUGGUUUGAUCAGAAUGUCUUUUCAAAUAGAAGGAGUAAAAACUGAAACUUCUCGUUUAAGAAAGAUCUAUAAUUUAGUUGACAUAGUAAAAGAAACUAUAAAAAAAAGAAAUAUUUCUCUAGAAACUUUUCUUGAACAUAUUAGAGAUUUAAAUAUAAUGAUAAAUUAUCUUCAAGAUGUAGAGCCUGAUUUAUUUGAGAAAUUGGUAAACUUAGUAUUGAGUAAAAUUAAGGUAAUUAUAUUAGCAAUUCUGAAGCAAUUCUGA